AGCUGAAGCCAUUCAAGCUGGAGUGCCUGGGCUGAACACGUUGUGAGUUGCAGCUUCUAGCAGAACAGCCAGGAAGCCCAGCCUGGGAGACGCCGCCCCGGGGAGGAGCCGGCCCAUGCUAAUGAGCAAGUUGCCUGCCAGAGACAGGAACUCCGUUCCCCUCCGUGUCAGGAUCGCAGAAAUUAUGCCCCUUCUUUCACCAUGAGCUGGCUUUCCAGUUCUCAGGGAGUUGUGCUAACUGCCUACCAUGCCAGCAGCAAGGACCAGGCCGUGGGGGACAGCCAUGCAAAGCAGGGUGGGGAGCCCACCUCCUCCUCCAGUUGCAGAUAUGGCCAAUACACCAUGAACCAGGAAAGCACUACUAAAGCUACAGAGAAACCUCCGUUCGAUCGAUCGAGUUCCCAGGAUUCCUUGGAUGAAAUGUCUAUGGAGGACUACUGGACAGAACUAGAAAAUAUCAAGAAAUCUAGUGAAAACAGACAAGCUCAAGAGGUGGUGGUUGUCAAAGUCCCUGAUGAGGGCGAAUUGGAAGAAGAGUGGCUGAAAGAGGCCGGCUUGUCCAAUCUCUUUGGAGAGUCCGCCGAGGAUCCCCAGGAAAGCAUGGUGUUUCUGUCCACUCUGACACGCACCCAGGCCGCAGCUGUUCAGAGGCGGGUGGAGACGGUCUCCCAGACCUUGAGGAAGAAGAACAAACAAUACCACAUCCCUGACGUCAGAGACAUAUUUGCUCAACAGACAGAGUCAAAAGAAAAAGCUCCAGAUGGCCCUGAAUUGCAGGCAGUCAGAACAAUUGAAAACAAAUACCAAGAAAAAGAUGACCAGGCUUCCUGCCUCACUGUUAGUGACAAGGAGCUGAUCCUGCCUGUGCCUGAGGACACACCUGCCUCUGUCACGGACAUCAACCUGGAGGUGUCAUUUGCUGAGCAAGCCUUCAGUCAGAAAGACAGCGCCAAGGACAAGGCACAGAAAACUAAAGGCAACGAUGCCUCAUUACCUAGUUUCAGAUUGCCAAAAGAUAAAACGGGCACCACGAAGGUGGGUGACCUCGCUCCCCAGGAUAUGAAGAAGGUGUGCAAUUUAGCCUUGAUUGAGCUGACCGCCCUCUAUGAAGUCCUGGGUGUGGAGAUGAAACAACAAAAAGCUGUGAAAAUCAAGACAAGAGAUUCCGGUCUUUUUGGUGUUCCACUGACAGUACUGUUAGAACAAGAUCAGAGGAGAGUGCCAGGAACUCGAAUACCCUUCAUCUUCCAAAAACUGAUUUCUCGAAUCGAAGAAGGAGGCUUGGAAACGGAAGGCCUCUUGCGGAUACCUGGAGCUGCCACCAGAAUUAAGAAUCUUUGCCAAGAACUAGAAGCAAAGUUUUAUGAAGGGACUUUUAACUGGGAAAGCGUCAAACAGCACGAUGCAGCCAGCCUGCUGAAGCUCUUCAUCCGGGAGCUGCCCCAGCCGCUGCUCAGCGUGGAGUACCUCAAAGCCUUCCAGGCUGUCCAGAAUCUUCCAAUGAAGAAGCAACAGCUACAGGCCUUGAACCUCCUCGUCAUCCUCCUACCUGAUGCAAACAGAGACACACUGAAGGCCCUGCUUGAAUUUCUCCAAAGAGUCAUAGAUAAUAAAGAGAAAAAUAAAAUGACAGUCAUGAAUGUAGCAAUGGUCAUGGCCCCAAAUCUCUUCAUGUGCCACGCACUGGGUUUGAAGUCCGGCGAACAGCGAGAGUUUGUAAUGGCAGCGGGGACGGCAAAUAUCAUGCACCUACUGAUUAAGUAUCAGAAACUUCUAUGGACAAUCCCCAAGUUCAUUGUUAAUCAAGUGAGGAAGCAGAACACCGAAAGCCACAAGAAGGACAAAAAACCUAUGAAGAAACUGCUGAAGAAAAUGGCUUACGACCGAGAAAAAUAUGAAAAGCAAGAUAAGAGUACCAAUGACGCUGACGUUCCUCAGGGAGUGAUCCGCGUGCAAGCGCCCCAUCUUUCCAAAGUUUCCAUGGCAAUACAGCUAACUGAAGAACUAAAAGCCAGUGAUGUGCUUGCCAGAUUUCUCAGCCAAGAAAGUGGGGUUGCCCAAACCCUAAAGAAAGGAGAAGUUUUUUUGUAUGAAAUUGGAGGAAAUAUUGGGGAGCGCUGCCUCGACGAGGACACUUACAUGCAGGACUUAUACCAGCUCAACCCGAACGCCGAAUGGGUCAUAAAGUCAAAGCUGUCGUAGAAGACAGCAGCGCAGAUAACUGCAAAGACUUCUGAAAUAAUUCUUGCUGGGUCGAGAGUGUAAAUAAAAGAAAUGGCGGGACUCUUACUAUUCAACUCUACCCAACUAUUAAAAAGUGACACCUCAAGCCUUAAAAAUGUACACCCGUGGGCUGCUGCCAGAACUAUGUUAAUAAAUUGAUAGUAGAAAACAAAUUUCUCGAUAGGAAAGGGGCUUCCUUAGCUUGGGACUGUUUUCGUAUACUCUGUAAAAUGCACCCAGUUGUGACAGUUGUUUUCUAAUAUGAAAGUAUAUUUUCUACCCACUUUUUUUCUCCCCAAGUCAAAUAUUCUGUAGCAUAUCCUUUUGUACCUCUUCAGAUCUGUCUUUCCUCAACAUGGCUGGCUUUUUAAUCCAAAAAAGCUAACAGAUACAAGGUUUGUCAAGUUAUGAAGCCAGCAGAUGUUAAAAUAGACCUAAUUGUGAAGUAUUUAUGUCAUUGUAGAGUGUUGGUAUUCAUGUCUUUGGGUCAUUUAUCCAAAUAACACCUUGCUUCUGUAUCAUAGGUGAUGAUUUGCAUUUUUUCAGUUCAUCUGACAUAUUUGCACAGAGCUAUAUCCAAGACCAAGGAAAUAAACCACCAGAAACUGCCAAUUAUCACCAAACCAUUAAAUUCUUAAAUACUAUGAAUAAAUAAAACACACCCAUGUGGAAUAACUGAAAAUACCAAUAACCAGAGAGUGAAAGCCAAAUUAUUUCACGCAGGGUGCACUCUUGCAAAGCUUAUUUAAACAGUCCUAGCUGGCUGUCGUCCUUGUCAUAUCAGCAUCAGAAUAUAAUCUGGUAAUGGCUGGAGAAUAUAUUAAAGCAGGGUUUUUAAAUAUUUUUGUCCUAAACAAGUCUACUGGCAGAGUUAAUCUGGGUAUAAAUAGUCAUGUGAACAAGCUUUGGUUUGUGUACUUAUUUUAAAUAGUCCGUACACUUAUUAAACUGUUGAAAGAACUAUUCCCAGGGGUUUUAAUGGCUAAACCACGCCGUGACAAGAGGUAAGCCUCUGUACUGUAAAUAAGAGAAAUGUUAAAUAUUUUAUGAGGUUAGAGUACAGUAAAUAAAAGGUGAUGUAAAUGAAUGCCGUGCCAACUGUGUUUAUGAUACUUUUAGUAGUUCUUCGGGAAAAAUUACAUUCUCAGAAGCUCUUGCUGUCAGUCUAAUUAGUAGUCAAAAUGCCGUUAAUGGGAACAGUCAUAAAUUUUUAGCAUUUAAUUACAAGAGCAGCCUAUGGAUAUGAUCACUUCAAUAACUUGUUGGUGAUUUGUGCCAUUGCUUUUUUAUUUAAUGACAUUUUAUAAUUAAAUACUUUUUUCUAAAUUUAUGGAAUUAUUAUUUUUAAUCCUGUGUGUUGAUGAGUCUACUUUCUUAAUAUUUCUAAUUGACAAAGGAAGUAUGUUAUCAUAAGCCAUAUUUACUUCUAUUGUCCCUGUUUCACCCUAAGAUUUAAUUUGAAAGGUAUGUGAGAGAAACUUCCUUCCCUGAGGGCUUUCCUGGUAUAGAUUUCUAUUUUUUAGGGCUUUCCAAACUGUGUUCUGUUUCUCAUUUUAACAAUAUGUAUUUUCUUUUUUAGCAGAACUUUUAUUGAUGGUUUGAUGAAAAGAAUAUAAAAGUUUAAAAAAAAUGUUAGGGCUGAGCGACUCCAGGAGUGAAUGUAAUGGUUUAAAUAAAUGACUUUCUAAAGCAUA